AUGGAACAAUCGUUCAUUAGAACAACGUGCAUCUUGGUGAUUAUCUCUCUACUUGAUAAAAGGGUAGACGCCAAUGAAAUCUUGGGCCUAAAGCUCCCCAACAUCGACCCGAUCCUUAACGCCAACACGGUGUGCCUGACGCUACCUGGGCUGACGCGGCGCCAGCUGGAGGUGUGCAUGCGCAACCCGGACGUGACGGCCUCCGCCAUCCAGGGAAUCCAGAUAGCCAUCCACGAGUGCCAGCACCAGUUCCGAGGACACCGUUGGAACUGUUCAAGCCUGGAGACCAGGAACAAAAUACCAUAUGACAGCAUCGUUUUCAAAAGAGGUUUUCGAGAGAGCGCUUUUGCUUACGCCAUCGCGGCGGCAGGUGUGGUGCACGCCGUGGCCAACGCCUGCUCCAUGGGCAAACUGAAGGCGUGCAGCUGCGACGAGAAGCGGCGUGGCGACGAGGAGGCCUUCCGCAUCAAACUGCAUCGCUUACAACUGGAGGCCAUCCAUCGGGGGAAGGGGAUGGUACACGGCGUCAUGGAGCACUUCCCCGCCGAGCUGCCGGGACCGCAGGACUCCUGGGAGUGGGGCGGCUGUAGUCCCGAUGUGGAGUUUGGAGAAAAGUUCUCACGGGACUUCCUGGACGCCCGCGAGACCUACAGGGACAUCCAUGCUCGGAUGAGGCUUCAUAACAACAGAGUUGGCAGACAGGUGGUGCUGGACCACAUGAAGAGGAAAUGCAAGUGUCACGGGACAUCAGGGAGCUGCCAGCUGAAAACCUGCUGGCAGGUCACCCCCGAAUUCCGGGUGGUGGGUUCCAUCCUCAAAGAGCGCUUCCACAUCGCCACUCUCAUCAAGGCCCACAACCGCAACACCGGGCAGCUGGAUCACUCCCACCACAACAACAACAAUCACCACAACCAUCACGGGAACCACCACCAUCACCACCACCAUCAUCACCACCACCACGCACACCGCCGGAGGCCGAGCAUCAACGACCUGGUCUACUUUGAAAAGUCGCCCGAUUUCUGCGAGCGGGACCUGGGCUCGGACUCGGCGGGGACGCAGGGUCGCAUCUGCAACAAGACUAGUCCGGGCAUGGACAACUGCGAGAGUCUGUGCUGCGGGCGAGGGCACAACAUCUUGCAGCAGACACGUAGCGAACGCUGCAACUGCAAGUUUCACUGGUGCUGCUACGUGGUGUGCGAAGAGUGCAGGAUAACGGAGUGGGUCAGCGUGUGCAAAUGA